AGAGUUACGCUUACAGUAAGUUGAGUAACACAAAUAUGUGUAAUGUACGUCGUAAAUGUCACUGUCAAACUCAAUAGAUACUAAGAACUUGUCUUGGCAUCAUAAUUUGGAUAUUUUCCCUCUUAGAAGAAAAUUGCAUUAAAUACUAGCAGAAAGUUGAAAACAUGGCAUCAGAAUGCAAUGUUCAAAUUGAACCAGAAUGUUGUAGCCCCAAAGUGUUUGUCAAACCAAAGAAAGAAAUUACUUCAUUUGAUCUCAUGCAGACGUGGAAUAAGUCUGAAGCUUACAAUGAAUACAUAGGAUUUAUUAUUGCUAUGAAUGAAGCUGUCAGAGGAAAAAAACUUACAGAUAAAUGCUUUGUGUCUCCUGUAACUUCUGCUUUGAUUGAGCUUCUGAAUACUUUAGAUGGUUGGAUAGACAAGAUUCCUCCUAUUGAUCAGCCACAAAGGUUUGGAAACAAAGCUUUUCGCCAGUGGCAUCAAAAACUAGUUGAUGAAGCCGAAAGUCUGCUUAAGAAUGCUAUUCCUGAGCAAGCUUAUGCUGCUAUUAUUGAACUUAGCCCAUACCUGAUAGACAGUUUUGGAAAUCCUACCAGAAUCGAUUAUGGUACUGGUCACGAAAUGGCUUUUGCUAUGUUUCUUUGUUGCUUGUUUAAAAUUGGAGUAAUGACAAAAGAUGAUUCUGAAGCUGUGGUUAACAGAAUAUUUGACUGUUAUAUGAAGAUGGUUAGAAAGCUGCAGCUUACCUAUCGAAUGGAACCAGCAGGAAGCCACGGAGUAUGGAGUCUUGAUGAUUAUCAGUUCAUUCCAUUUAUUUGGGGGAGUUCUCAGCUUAUUGGACAUCCUCGACUGGAACCUAAGUCAUUUACUAAUGAAGAAACUGUUGAGUUUUAUGCCAAAGAUUAUAUGUUUAUGAGUUGCAUACAGUUCAUUUACAAGGUGAAGUCUGGCCCUUUUGCUGAACAUUCAAAUCAACUUUGGAACAUCAGUGGCGUUCCCAACUGGACUAAAGUAAAUGGAGGAUUGUUGAAGAUGUAUAAGGCUGAAGUUCUUGGAAAAUUCCCUGUUGUGCAACACACUUUUUUUGGAUCCAUUCUUUCAUUUAAACAAGCUAAAACAUAACCUAAAACUUCAUGUGUUCUGAAACUUUUUUUUCAUAUAAAGAACUUAGUAUAAAUAAAGUGUAUACUUAAAUGUUUAUGUAUUACAUUAGGUUAUUUCAUAGUUAUUGCUACAGUAGUUGACAUUCAAGUUUUAAAACUUAUUAUAUUAACACAUCUUGUGCAUUAGUCUGUAGCAUUCAUUUGUUACAAUUUUUAUUUUUCAAUUCCUUUAGUGAGUGCAACUUAUCAAACAGAUUUAAAUGCAUGUAUAUAUUCUUGUAUAUUUAAAGCGUAUUACAUGCUGCGUGUUAAAUAAAUACAUUGAUAAAAAUGCACAGUCUGAUACUGCCACUGAGCUUAUUUUUUGUUUUGUUUUUAAUUGUAAAAUUCUAAAAAGUGCUAAAAUUAAAAACAUUUUAUACAUUAUAGGGAAUUGUGUUGCUUCACAGAGGAGACUUCAAAAGAUAAAAAUUUUAAAAAGUAAUGAUGAAGCCCUUUUUUAUAGGUGUUGUAUAUAAAGCAGAAAUAUCAACAUUUUGUUGAGCAUAAAACAUUAACUAGUGACCAUAUGAAGACUGACCCAAAUAUGUAAUGAAAUUAUUUAAAAAUCUUA